AUGCUAUUCAAGCGAGGUGACUUGGUCAAGUUGUCAUCCAAGAACCUAUGGUUAAAAAAUAAGAAAUUUCUAGAAAAGUAUCACACGCGCGAAGACGGAAAAUUCAUGCCACUGCCCAACUUAGAAGAUGACGAGGAGUGGGAAGUUGAAGAGAUCAAAGACAAGAUGAUGAUCAACAAUCAACCUCACUACCUAGUCAAAUGGACUGGUUGGCCUGCUAAAUACAAUCAAUGGGUCCCCAAGAUAGAUAUGGGCAACGCGCAAGAAACUAUUCGCUGA